AUGAAUCGACAACAGCACGAACAACAACAACAACAACAACAACGAUUGAACUCGUUACUAGAACAGUUGACACUACCUGAUACUGAUAAAAUUAAACAUGCCACAAAAGAACUUCAAUCAUUAUCAUUAACAAAUGAAUUUUUAUUAAAUUUAUUUCAUAUUCUUCGUUCUGAACACAAUGAACAAAUACGAAUAUUAGCAUCUACUUUAUUACGUCGUAAAUUAAAAUCAUCAUUAUCUACUGUUUCAUUAGAAAUACGUCAAACAUUAAAACAAUUACUGUUAGAACAUGUACAACAUGAACAAAAUGAACGUAUUAAAAAAUCUUUAUUUGAAUUAAUUGGUACAAUAGCUGAAGAAGAUUUAAAUGUUAAAAAAAAAAAGAAACAUACACAAACAUCAAAAUGGGAUGAAUUAUUACAAUUAGCUGGUACACUUGUUCAAUCAUCCGAUAUAAAACAAGUUGAAUUAGGAUUAUGUCUGUUUGCCACAUUAGCUUUAUUUUGUGGUGAAUUUUUAUGUCAACAUUGGCCCGGUGUCUUUAAUCUUGUUACUAAUAUGUUGAAAAAUCGUUCAUCAACCGUCAUUUGUGAACAAUCAUUAAUAAUAUUAACUAAUUUAGUUAAACAUUUACAUCAGAAACAACAUGUUCAAACAGUUAUUGAUCUUGUACCAGUAGCCACUGAUACUAUUCAAUAUUUAUUUACAACUUUAAAGAAAGAAAAUGCUACAAAUUUAUUUGAUCUUUAUGAGGCAUUACUCGAUUGUGAAUUACCUGUUAUUGGUCCACAUUUAAUAAAUAUUAUGAAUCUUUGUUUACAAAUAGCUGGUAGCAAUGAUGUUUUAGAGUCUGUUCGUUAUAAUAGUUUACAUCUUCUUGCUGAAAUAUGUCGUCAAAAAAAAAAGACAUUAUUAAAACAUGAACAUUUAUUUGCACCAAUAAUAAACACAUUAUUAAAAAUUAUGUGUUCAACACAAAUGGAUAGUUUAACAGAGUAUAAUAAUAUCGAUGAACAAGACGAUAAUGAACCUGUUGUCGUAUCAGGAGCGAAUCAUGUUCUUGAAGCAAUGAGUUAUAAUUUACCAGCAGAUAAAUUUGUGCCCAUUGUUAUUUCACAAGUUGAACCAAUGUUAAAAAGUUCUGAACCAAAUGAACGAAAAUCAGCUUAUUAUGUUCUUUCUGGUAUUAUUGAUGGAUGCUGUGAUUAUAUCAACAACAACUAUUUGGAACCUUAUAUGACAGCAUUGAAAGUGGGUCUUGAAGAUGUAUCUCAAGAAGUGUCUAGUGCGGCAUUAUUGGCGUUAGGUGAAACAUUUAGUGUUAUGGAGGGUGAAAUUACAAAACAUUGUCAAACACUUUUGCCUAUUCUAAUGAAAUUAAUGUUAAAACAAGAAAACAUAGAUAAACAUAAUUUAAAAGUGAUUCGAAUUUAUUAUGCUGUCGAAGAACUUGUUGGAAUUCUUGACGAAGAACAUGAAACGUCAUUAGUUGAGUUAAUGCAAGUUUUGUUUCAUGUUUAUUCCAUAACGAAAAAUCAAAAAAUUAAAGAACUUGUUUUAUCUGUUUAUCCAUCAAUUGGUGUUGUAUUCAAACAAAAAUUUGUGCCAUAUUUUGAUGUUGUUCUUCAACAGCUAAUACCGAAUUUAAAUCAGAAACCAACUGAUGAGACAAUGUCCAUGUUCUCAUCAUCAUUGAAUACGUUAGCUUCGUUAUGCCGUUCUGUUGGUACUGAUCAUUGUAAAGCUUUAAUAUUUCAAGCUCUCGAUUUUUCAUUAAAUCUCUUUCAUGAGAUUGAUGAGCCUGAAUUUCGUGCUGCUGUGUUUUCUUUGUGUGGUGCUGCUAGUCAUCUGUUGAAAAGUGAUUUAAAUUCUGCUUAUGUAAGCAAAAUUAUCAAAUUUUUGCUCGAAUCAAUCAAAUCAACAGAAUGGAUUGAAGAUUCAUCUAAAACUGAAAAGCGUCAGUUAGAAUGGGACGUCGAGUUAGAAGAAGUAGAUAUUGAUAAUGGAACAACAAAUGGUGUUGGCGAUUCUGAUAACGAUGAUGAUGAUGAUGAUGAUGAUGACGAACGUUUAUCAGUGGAGAAUGUUGCCGUUGAGGAGAAGGCAUCUGCAAUUGAAGCAUUAGGUGAUUUAGCUGAAAAUUGCCCGAUUGCAUUUUGGCCUUAUUUAAACGAGAGUUGUCAAGAAGUAAAAUCAAUGAUCGAUUUUCCAAAUAUUCAUUGUUCUCAAAAUGCAAUGAUGGCUAUUGGUCAAAUUAUAUGUUCAGUACAUAAAAUGAUAUUAAGUCAUGAUGAAAAAAAGAUUUUAGAAGAUAAAUUAGAUGAACUGUUAAAUGAAUAUAUUCCAUGUUUAUGUAUAACAGUUGAUACAACGCGAAGUCGUACACUCGCUCAAGUAGCACUUGACACAAUUAAAACUAUAUUUGAAGAAUUAAAAGCAUACAUGUUAAAACAUGAAGGAUUAUUAGAGAAAGCAGCACGCUGUACACAAAAUGUUUUAUCCUACAAAACUACUUGUCAAAAAGAAGAUAACGAUGAGGAUGAAUCUGAUGGAAAAAAUGAUGCUGAGUAUGAUGCCAUGUUAAUUGAAACGGGUGGAGAUUUGUUGCCAGCAAUAACUGCUAUUGCAUGUCAGGGAAAACUUCCGUUUUUUCCACAGUAUUUAGCUACAGUUAUUCCUAAACUACAACGACGUUUAAAACAACAUUCAGCCGUUUCCGAACGUUCAUUUGUCAUUGGAGUAUUGGCUGAAACAGUUCAAAAUAUGACAGAAGAUGUUGUACGUCCAUAUAUACAGUCACUUUAUCACAUGUUUUAUGAAUAUCUUCCUGAUCAAGAUUCAGAAGUUCGAACAAAUUCUGUAUUUGGUAUGGGUGUGUUAUGUUUAACUGCUAAACAACAACUUUUUCCACAAUAUGAAACAAUCUUAAAUCGUUUAUCAUCUUUAUUGAUUAAUGAAAAAAAUUUACGUGCCAUUGAUAAUAUCUGUAGUUGUCUUUGUCGAAUGAUGUUAGUUUCAACUAGUCAUGUGCCAUUGAAUGCAGUAUUACCUGUCCUAUUUCAAUAUUUACCUAUUCGUGAAGAUUAUGCUGAAGUUGGUUCAAUAUUUUUAUGUUUAACCCUGUUAUAUCAGCAGCACUUUAAUCAAAUUGAACUUUAUCUACCAAAAUCAAUUGAAAUGGCUGCCAAUGUUAUCGAUGAUAGUCGCUUGAAUUCUGAUACUGUUCAAGUUGUUCGCGAAUAUCUUCGCGCAAUACAUCUAUCACAUACAGCUGCAUUCGUUCAAGUUGUCAAUCAUUUAGAUGAAAAUUUAAAAGGAAAAUUAUCAAAACAUUUGUCAGUGUAGUUUUUAUUCUUUAAUGAUAAAUUGUUUUUUUAUUGUUAUGCACUAUGUAAUUGUGUAUUUUUUAUUGUUUUUUAUUUUUCAUCAAAAAAGAGAGUACACUUACAUGAUGAAUAAAAGGUAAAACGAACAUAUCAGAUAAAAAUGAUUAAAAUUGUCAUUAAACACACUUUAUAAAAGUACAGUAUUGAAAUAAAGAUAUAUAUAUCAAAAUUGAAUGCAUUAUUGAGUUUUAUGUAUUAACAGUCUUAUGAGUAGAGUAAUUUCCUGUCUGUAAAUGAUAAAAUAGUUAACAAUUUUUUUACAAUGAAUGAAAAUUUAAAACAAACUAGUUAAAUAUUUGAAAAAAAAGUAAAAUGUGUAGGAUAAUCAAUAACGUUUACUUUUUUUACUCAUGACGGAUGGCAUCUCUCUCAAGUAUGUUUUAAAACAGUAUCUAAGCAUUUCUUCUUAUCAAGAAUAAGUGUAUAUAUUUUCAUAUUGAUUAAGUUCCGUUAGUUCUCUGUGUAUUACAUCAUACAAUGUGUGUGCAAGUUCUGUUAACAUUUACUGAUAUGACAUUUCUAAAAAAACAGAAUUCUAGAAAAGCAAGUUCGCCAGUUCAAUGAGAAAUUUAUUCGUGUAGAGAAAAAUUUUCUAGAUAAUGAGAUCACUCGGAGCACUACAUAACAUUCUACAUUAAAUUGCAUUCAUUUUAAGAAAAGUUCCAGCCCGUCAAAAUCAACAGAAAACCAACACCAAACACUGUCAUUGGAACCGUUCGUAAAAUGAAUGUUAUUUAACGUAAGAAUGUCAUGUAGUGCUUCGAGUGGUCCCAUUUUGCCUAGAAAAUUUCUCUCUACACGAAUAAGUUUCUCAUUGAACCGGCGAAUUUGCUUUUAUAGAAUUCUGUUUUUUCCCAUAUCAGUAAAUGUACACAUCGCUUAAACUUAGAAACUCUUCUAGUUAUUGAAUCAACUGAUUAUUCCAAUUGAGCAAAAAACGGUAAAAAUAAAACAUUUUUAUAAUUUUGGACAUAUUUGAGUGAAUCGUAUAUUAAUUGUACAAUUGGUUGUUUAGUACCGUUUCUGCUAUAAAUCCGUAGUGGUUUGUUGUAUGCCUAAAAUUUUUUUUUUAUUUAAUUCAUCUCAUCAUCUCUCACUAUCGAUAAAAUUUUGAGCAUUCUAUGUGUUCAGAUGAGUGAGAUACACGCAUGAAAAAGC